AUGCCUGUCCUUCGAUCUCGCACCAAGCCCGCGCCCCGUCCCGUCAUCUCACCCACGAUGCGGCAAGACUUCAUUGACAUGAAGUUCACCGCCGAAGAGCUCGAGGUCUUGUUGGAUCCGGAUUUGGAAGAGCUGGAAAUCGAUAGCUUCAGCUGUCCGACCGGUACACUUCUACCAGGGGCUUUCAAGGUCGUGAAACCACCUCCCAAGACCAGAGCAUCGACGGCCAAGCCGUCGAAGGUCGCGAAGAACAGCAGAGCCACCAAGGCCAAGCCGUCGAAGGUUACGAAGAGUGCGAAAGCCACCGGAGCCACCAAAGCCAAGGCAUCCAAAGCGGCCAACAACACCAGGGCCACCAGAGCCAAGCCAUCAAAAGCAGCAAAGAACACCAGAACCACCAAAGCCGAGCCAUCAAAAGCAGCAAAGAACACCAAGACCAAAGCAUCAAACCCUACAAAAGCGAAGAAGAAAUAA